AUGAUUGGUCGUUUUCAAUGCAAAGCUUCAAUGACUACAUCAACUUUAACAGAUAUUAUAGAUGAAUGUGAAGAGUUACUGGUUAAUACGUGUGGUCUUUUAAAAGAUACAGUAAACAAUUUUCUUAUUGAACAAGGUUUAAUUAACAAUGAUGCCGCAAAGGAUGUUUUAAAAACAUUUGAUUUAACUAAUGUUUUUGAUGGACUACGGAGAUUUGAUGAUCAAAUUGCAGCAUUAGAGUCUUCUUGUGCGUAUAUUAGGCCAGUUGAAAUUCCACUUGGACACAGAAUGGACAAAAAACUUAAUAGAACGUCUGGUACGUAUGAACCCACACUGGUAAUGGAAACUUUUCAAUAUGUACCCAUUAUUGACUCUCUUAAAUUAGUAAUUUCUAAUCCUAAUGUUCUACAAGCUAUUUUAAAUGAACAAAAGUCACCAGACGGCAUUCUAAGCUCUUUUCUUGAUGGGCAGCAUGCUGAAACUCACGACUUUCUUCGACGAUAUCCGCAUGCUCUACGAAUUCAACUGUAUUAUGACGAAUUGGAAAUAGUUAAUCCUUUAGGAUCUAAAACUGGAAUCCAUAAAUUAGGAGCCUUCUAUUAUAGCAUUCAAAAUAUACCUCCAGAAAUUAACUCUGACCUGAAUUCUAUUCAUGUACUUCUUUUAUGCACAGACAUAGAUGUGAAAAACUACGGAUUUAAGAAAAUUUUACAGCCCUUUUUGAAUGAUCUGAGUGCACUAGAAAGUGACGAAGGAGUAUUAGUUCAAACAGAACAUGGUCCUUUUACUUUACGUGCAACUCUUGCUGCUUUCAUUGGCGAUGGACUUGCUGUACAUGACGUAUUUAACUUAUUAGGACCAUCGUCUAAUCAAUUCUGUCGUUUGUGUAUGUAUUCAAGAGAUGAUUUACAUGCUGGAUCUCUCCAACUUGGUCAGAAACGCACGCUAAAUUUAUAUCAAGAACAUUUAGAUUUGUUGAAGAACUCGAAUUUUUCUGCAGAGAAUGUAUCAAGUACAGGCAUGCGUGGUAAUUGUUGUUUGAACGAGUUAGGAUACUUUCAUGUUACUAGUAACAAAAUAUUUGACCCAAUGCACGACUUUCUCUGUGGUAUUUGUCCAAUGAUUAUAAAAUUAGUCCUCAAACAAUAUAUAUUAGUGGAAAAGAAGUUUAAUACUAAUUAUCUAAAUGGUAAUAUUACAUCUUUUCAAUGGGGAUACUGUGAAAACACUAAUAAGCCUUCAGCUAACUUCACAGACUCCAUGCUUAGGAGAAAAGAUCAUUUGAUAAGUCAAAAAGCAAUGCAAACUUGGUGCUUAAUUCGAGCCUUGCCAUUUUUACUGUCAGAUAAAAUUCCAAGUGAUGAUCAGUAUAUGAUGCUGAUAAAAAAUCUAUUACAAAUAAUGGAAAUAAUAUUUGCUCCAAAACUUUUUCGCUCUCAAAUCCCUUAUCUUGAUGCUCUUAUCAAGCAGUUUCGGACAAAUUUUAAAAGUUUAUUUCCCGAUGUUAAUGAGAUUAACAAAUUUCAUCAUUUAUCUCAUUAUCCAGAGUGUAUUUUGUGGUCUGGCCCAGCGAUCAACUAUUGGUGUAUGCGUGAAGAAGCUAAGCAUGGUGCUGCAAAAGCUAGAGCUCAAGUUGUUCGUAAUUUUAAGAACCCCCCUAAGACUUUAGUAAAUAUUUUCCAAUGCGGGCAAAGUGCAAAAUGGGGUGGAAAAGAUGUUCAGCUAUUCCGCUUACAAGCAUUUUCUCGAAAAGAAGAAUUUGUCGAGAACACUUUGAGCCGACAAUUCUUGCUGGAAUUAAAUUAUACAUUAAAUAACAAAGUACUUUUGGCAAGAUCAGUGAAAGUAAACGGUGUCGAAUUUCGUCUUGGACUAUACAGGAGUGUAUUGACGGUACUGUUUUUUUGGAGUUAA